AUGAAGAUUAUAUUUGCAUUUGUGUUAUUAUUGAACAUUAUAGAGAUUUCUUCUUCUUCUUUUUUAGAUGUUUGCCGUUAUUCCGAAGUCAGUUUGGUACUUGAUGUAUCUGGAAGUAUUACUCCGCAACAAUGGCUCCAAGUUAAAGAAUUUGCUCAACUGCUAGUGAGCAGAAUCACUGUUAGUCAAGAAGGUAAUCAUAUUGGGGUAGUAACCUUUGCAGAAACGGCCAAAAAAGAAAUUCAUUGCGACGAACAUACCUCCGAAGUAUCUCUGAAUUCGGCAAUAUCAUCUCUUCAACAGUUUGGUCAAUUUACUAACAUCCAGGAUGGGUUGGAGAAAGGUAAAGAAGUUUUAACCAAUCGCGGUUGUGGAGUGAGAACACCCCCUCCAUCAAGUAGAGUGAUCAUUUUGAUGACAGACGGUGAAGCAAAUCGUGGCGACGGACCGCAACAAUUGAUAAACACAGCGCAAAGCAUUCGAAAUGAAGGUAUCGAUAUAUACGCUGUUGGCAUCAGGGGGGCAAAUAUUGCCCAACUUACCCAAAUUACUGGAAGUGCAGAUACUGUCAUUGAGGCAACCAAUUUCGACGGACUUCUCUCAAGUGACUUGAUAAAAAAAUUAACCGCUGCUGUUUGUACUAAUCCUGCAACUGAAUCGACCACACCUUACACGACAAGUACGACCGCAGAAUCUACUACUACAACUACAGAAUCAACUAAAACACCUUUAGAAACAACAACGACAACAGAAUCAACGACUACUCCAACUUACACCACGCCAUCUGAUUCAACAACAACAAUGACAGAUAGUACGACCACCACAGAUGAAACAACAACGACACGGAAACCGAACAGUAUGUAUUUAAUAACUUUAUAUUGAAGAAUUUGCGUUCAACU